CUGGGCUAGGGCAGCAAAGUUGCAGCAUCGGUUGAGCAUCGCGGAGAUGGAGCUAUGGAGCCUGGCCAGAAGAAGAAUUGAAGCCUCCGGCGACCUGGAGGCCGGCAGAGGGGGCGCGAACUGGAGGCGGUGGCGGUGUGAUGGCCAACUGCGGAAGUGCGGAUGUCAUCUCCCGGCAUAUUCUCUCCUAUUAGCAGACUAAAGAAAGAGAAGAAGAUGAAGACUGCAGAUUGGUGAGCAGCGGGAAUGGUAAGCGGAGAAGUGGAUCGUACAAGGAAUGAAGAGGCGAUGAAUUGCGCUGAGAGAGGAACGAAGGGUCACUUUUCUGGAAACUAUUUAAUUAGUUAUAUUUUUGGAAUCCUAAAGUCUAUUACGGAGUAUAGUAGUAAUAGGAGCCAUUCUUUCAACAUUUUUACUCUUGAAUUUAUCAAUGCUUUUAUUACCGAAGUUAUUUUGAUUUGAAACUCCUUACAACCCUGCAGGAGGACCAUACUUCAGCUCUCGUUUUAAAGGAUGGGUUUUUUACAAGAAUAUUACUAAAAUAAAACAUAUUUACAUAAAUAUAACUUAUUCAUUACUACAAUGUAGUGUUGUGGUAACUAAAGCUCAAAACUUGAACAUGAAUUACUAUGAUUUCAUUACUACUCUAGUCACUAAUCAUACUUUUGUAAAUCAUCUUUAUUUUGGUCAUAUUUAUGUAAUUAUUUCUUAAAGGGUAGGAUUAUGAAGUACUGGUUUAUAAAUAUCUACGGAGUAAUUUAUUCAUUACUCUGUAUUGUUUUCUAAUCUACAAUUUACAAUUUGUUAUACUUAAUGAAUAUGUUCAAUUGUGUUGAUCCAACUUCAAACAUUCAUGUAAACAACUACAGGCUGCAGCUACAGAAGGACAAGAAGCAAAUAUUGUCACCGAUUAUGUUCUAAAGAUUUUGGGAUUAGAAGUAUGUGCAGACACCAUGGUCGGAGACCAGAUGGUACGAGGUAUUUCCGGUGGCCAGAAAAAGCGUGUCACCACCGGUGAGAUGAUUGUUGGACCUGCAAAAGCUCUUUUCAUGGACGAAAUCUCAACGGGGCUGGACAGCUCCACAACUUACUCUAUCAUAAACUCGUUGCGGCAAUUUGUCCACAUUCUCAAGGGUACUGCUGUCAUUUCUCUGCUCCAACCGGCACCUGAGACCUACAAUCUCUUCGAUGACAUCAUUCUGUUGUCGGAUGGGUACGUCGUUUACAAUGGGCCACGCGAAGACAUCCUGGAUUUCUUCGAAUCCAUGGGUUUCAAAUGCCCUCAGAGAAAAGGCGUAGCUGAUUUCUUGCAAGAAGUGACAUCAAAGAAAGAUCAACAACAAUAUUGGAUCCGCAGAAAUGAACCUUAUAGGUUUGUGAAGGUUAAUGAAUUUGCGGAGGCGUACCAAUCCUUCCAUGUUGGGAGGAGGAUGGCGGAUGAGCUUUCAGUUCCAUUCGAUAAAACCAAAAGCCACCCCGCUGCCUUAACAAAAGGGAACUAUGGUAUAGGGAAGAGGCAGCUGUUGAAAGUUUGCACCAAUAGAGAGUAUUUACUAAUGCAAAGAAACUCAUUUGCUUACAUCUUCAAGUUCUUUCAGCUUUUGAUUAUAUGUUUUGUUACCAUGACCCUAUUUCUCCGAACUGAAAUGAAGAAAGAUAAUGAAACCGAUGGUGGGAUUUUUGUGGGUGCCUUGUUUUUCGGGGUGUUUGUGGUUAUGUUCAACGGUAUGUCUGAGCUUCCAAUGACCAUUUAUAAGCUUCCGGUGUUCUACAAGCAAAGGGACCUCCAAUUCUUUCCUCCUUGGGCUUAUUCUAUUCCUUCUUGGAUCCUCAAGGUGCCUAUUACAAUCGUUGAAGUCAGCCUAUGGGUGUUUGUUUCUUACUAUGUCAUAGGCUUUGAUCCAAAUGUUGGGAGGUUGUUCAAACAGUUCUUGAUAUUGAUAAUGGUGAACCAAAUGGCUUCUUCAUUCUUCCGAUUGAUUGCAGCUAUGGGUAGGACUAUGGGAGUUGCAAACACAUUUGGAUCCUUUGCUUUACUGCUGUUGUUUACAUUUGGCGGUUUUGUGCUCUCUCGAGAUGAUGUGAAGAGCUGGUGGAUUUGGGGAUACUGGUCUUCACCAUUGAUGUAUGCCAUUAAUGGAGUUCUUGUUAAUGAAUUUAAAGGAAAGAGCUGGAGACAUAUUUCCACAAAUGGUACUGAACCGCUUGGAGAUGCAAUUAUGAAAUCAAGAGGAUUCUUCCCAGAAGCUAAAUGGUAUUGGAUAGGCGUGGUGGCACUCUUUGGGUUCAUAGUGUUAUUCAACAUCUUGUACACACUAGCUCUCCAAUAUUUAAAUCCAUUUGGCAAGCCCCAAGCUCACAUAUUAGAUGAUGUUGCCAAUGAACCUACUUCAACCCAAAAUACCAAUCAACAAAAAUAUCAAAUCGGGGAGAACGAAACCUCAAAGACAAGAAUGGUUCUUCCAUUUGAACCUCACUCCCUUACAUUUGACAAUGUUACCUACUCUGUCGACAUGCCACAGGAAAUGAAAGAUCAAGGUGCCACUGAUGAUAGAUUAGUUCUUUUAAAUGGUGUAAGCGGAGCCUUUAGGCCUGGUGUUCUCACUGCUUUGAUGGGAGUGAGUGGGGCAGGGAAAACAACUCUUCUGGAUGUUUUGGCCGGAAGAAAAACUGGUGGAUACAUAGACGGGGAAAUCAAAAUUUCUGGAUAUCCUAAAAAGCAAGAAACUUUUGCUCGAAUUUCAGGAUAUUGUGAACAGAAUGACAUCCAUUCUCCCUUUGUCACUGUUCACGAGUCCUUAGUUUACUCAGCUUGGCUACGUUUGCCUAAUGAUGUGGAUGUUACAACUAGAAAGUUGUUUGUUGAUGAAGUAAUGGAGCUAGUGGAGUUGAAUGAUUUGAGAUCCGCUCUUGUUGGGUUACCCGGAGUUAAUGGUCUCUCAACUGAGCAACGCAAAAGGCUAACGAUUGCAGUUGAGUUAGUGGCAAACCCAUCAAUAAUAUUUAUGGAUGAGCCAACAUCAGGACUUGAUGCUAGAGCCGCUGCGAUUGUCAUGAGAACGGUGAGGAAUACCGUUGACACAGGUAGAACUGUAGUUUGCACCAUUCAUCAACCCAGUAUUGACAUUUUUGAAGCUUUUGAUGAGCUCUUCCUAUUAAAGAGAGGAGGACAAGAGAUUUAUGUUGGACCAUUGGGGAGUAAUUCAAGCCAUUUGAUCGAUUUCUUUGAGUCAAUUCAAGGAGUUGAAAAAGUCAAGGACGGAUACAAUCCUGCAACAUGGAUGUUGGAAGUGACAACUUCCGCUCAAGAGAUGUCAUUAGGCGUUGAAUUUUCGGACAUCUAUAAGAACUCGGAUCACUACACAAGGAAUAAAGCUUUAAUAAGUGAAUUAAGCGUACCCCACCCUGGUUCUAAGGACUUGAGUUUCUCCACUCGAUAUUCUCAGGGGUUUUGGAGCCAAUGUAUGGCAUGUUUAUGGAAGCAACAUUGGUCUUAUUGGCGUAACACAUCUUACACUGCUGUUAGAUUACUUUUCACAACUAUCAUAGCAUUGGCUUUUGGGACAAUUUUUUGGGACCUUGGUACAAAAACUAGGAAGAGGCAAGAUUUGUUUAAUGCUAUGGGAUCCAUGUAUACUGCGGUUCUUUUUCUUGGAGUGCAAAACUCUUCAGCAGCACAACCUGUAGUCGCAGUUGAACGUACAGUGUUCUACAGAGAGAGGGCAGCUGGAAUGUAUUCUGCAUUACCAUACACUUUUGGACAAGUUUUUAUUGAAAUUCCUUACAUACUCUUACAAUCUGGAGUUUAUGGUAUCCUUAUUUAUGCGAUAAUUGGAUUUGAAUGGACGGCAUCUAAGUUUUUCUGGUACAUUUUCAUAAUGUUCUUCACAUUAUUGUACUUCACUUUAUAUGGAAUGAUGUGUGUGGCUGUUACUCCCAACGAAAGCACUGCAUCUAUUGUCGCUGUCUUCUUCUACGGGGCAUGGAAUCUAUUUUCUGGUUUCAUCAUUCCACGACCUAGCAUGCCUGUAUGGUGGAGGUGGUACUCUUGGGCAUGUCCCAUGGCAUGGACUUUGUACGGCUUGGUGGUGUCACAAUUUGGAGAUAUUGAUGAUAAAAUGAGUGAUUCUAAUCAAACAGUGAAGCAAUUCUUGGAUGAUUACUUCGGAUUUAAACAUGAUUUUCUUGGAGUGGUUGCUUGUGCUAUUGUGGCAUUUCCUGUUAUUUUUGGCUUCAUUUUUGCAUAUUCAAUCAAGUCAUUCAACUUUCAGAGCAGAUAAGUUACAAUUAUUAUGUAAUUAAUUAAUUGGUGUUCAUGAUGAUUAUGUGGAUAAGUUAAUAAAUUUUUAUUUCUAAUUAGUUCUGAUUGUAUACGAAGUUCAAGAUGAUGAUUAU